GUAAAAGAUCAGCUGUUUGGCUUAGAAUAAGCACUAAGGGGAAGUGUGGUUUACCCUUUUUAUUGCUUCCCUCAGAUCUUCUAUCUUUAAUGCAGUGCUUCUCAAACCCUGGGCUGUGGAUGUGGAUAACCAGGUGAAAAAUAUAAAACAAAAUUAAGGUGAACUAGAAUAUAAUAUGAUUUUUUUGAAGUUAAUGAUUGAUAAAACUGUGGGGCGUUUGGUACGAACCUUUCAGCUUCUUAAAGUGGGGCAUGCCAGAGAAAAGUUGAAACCGGGUUCGAUAAGUCAGCUGCUCCAUCUGUGAAAAUGUGGAGCACCUGUACAGCACUAGUCUUUGCUCUGGUGGCAGCAUCGAUCUUCACACCUGCGUAUGUCCUGGAGUUCUGCCAAAAUAUAAGUCCUGAGUGUCACAGUGAUGACAACACUGCAUCUAACAGCCAAUCGUCAUCGCACACUGUGAAGUCCAAGUGGACCUUGAAUGCUUCAAGCCUCAUGCACGACCUCAACCAGUUCAGAGUCUCCUGCAAGAAGCUAUUGGAGGCACUCCCAAUCGACAAAGUUGAUGGCAACUUUGUUCGCACUGUGAAGAACUGCAUAUUUUCCAAGUCCAUUCCAACCCCACUGAAAGGUCCAUUGAGGUUGGCAGCAGCGUCUAAGGAUGUCAUCGAGGGGAUCUUAGAUUUAGAUGCGUCAGUGACUCGGUCAGGUGAUUUUCUGCAUUAUGCGAGUGGUGGCAGACUACUGCCGGGGUCUGUGCCACUUGCUCACAGAUAUGGAGGUCAUCAGUUUGGCUACUGGGCAGGCCAGCUGGGUGAUGGUCGAGCUCAUUUCCUUGGUCAGUAUUCAAACAAAAAGGGGGAGGUAUGGGAACUCCAGCUUAAAGGAUCUGGAAAAACACCAUAUUCAAGGUCAGGAGAUGGUCGUGCUGUAAUCCGGUCUUCUGUCAGGGAGUUCCUGUGCAGUGAAGCGAUGCAUUUCCUGGGUGUUCCCACCAGCAGGGCUGCCAGUCUGAUUGUCAGUGAGGAGCCUGUGUUGAGGGAUCAGUUCUACAAUGGAAAUGUGAAAGCAGAGAGAGGAGCUGUUGUUCUGCGAUUGGCCAAGUCAUGGUUUCGGAUUGGAUCCUUAGAAAUUUUGUCUCAAAGUGGAGAAAUAGAUCUUCUGAGAAAGCUGUUGAACUUUGUGAUAGACGAACAUUUUCCUUUUAUAAAUCCAGACAACCCAGAAAAAUAUUUGGUGUUUUUUUCCACAGUUGUAAAUGAAACGGCACAUCUGAUUGCCCAGUGGAUGUCAGUCGGUUUUGCACAUGGUGUGUGCAACACAGACAACUUCAGUCUUCUUUCUAUCACCAUCGACUACGGACCGUUUGGCUUUAUGGAGUCAUAUAACCCCAAUUUUAUCCCCAACACAUCUGAUGAUGAAGGCAGGUACAGCAUUGGAGCUCAGGCAAAUGUUGGCUUCUUCAAUCUAGAGAAACUCUUGGUGGCUCUGAUUCCUGUGCUUACACAGACACAACAGAAACAGGCGAAAAUUAUUCUUAAAGGAUAUGCUAACAUUUACCAAAUGAGGGUUCACCAGAUAUUUAAGGCAAAACUGGGACUUCUUGGUGAAGAUGAGGACGAUAACGACCUCAUUGCUUUCCUGCUUAAGAUGAUGGAGGACACAGAGUCUGACUUCACCAUGACCUUCAGGGAGCUCAGCGAAGUUUCGGCCAAGCAGCUUCUUAACAAGAACUUCACGCAGAUGUGGGCUCUUGAUGACCUAUCACACCACAAGCACUUUUCUGAUUGGCUUAACAAGUACCUGUUCCGGCUCAGUAGACAGCAGGAUGAUAGCGAUUUGGAUCGUCAACACAGGAUGAAAAAUGUAAAUGCGAGAUAUGUGCUGAGGAACUGGAUGGCGGAGUCUGCAAUAAGGAAAGCUGAGAGGAAUGACUUUUCCGAGGUGGAGCUGCUGCACCACAUCCUGUCCUCACCCUUUGUUACACAAGAGACUGCAGAGGAGGCGGGCUAUGCAGCAAGACCUCCACAGUGGGCUAGCAGGUUAAAGGUCAGCUGUUCGUCAUGAGUGACCUCCUAAUAAAAAACUUGUAGCAUAUUUUGCUGUGAUGUGUCAUUUGUUGUGCAAUAUAUUUGCUCCAAAAGGCAAAGAGAUCCACAAA